AUGUCCGAUAGUGAUCACCCGUCAGAUGGUGCUACAGGAACUGGGCCGCCUAUUCAGCGUUCUAGCCAAUUUGACGCUGUCUUCGAACAGUUUAAAGGUUAUGUAGAUUCAAGAUUACAUGAGCUUCCAACCGCGUCGGCGAGUAACACCGAAUCCAGCAAAUCUCUCUCCGAAACGAAGAAACUCCGCAGAGAGGCCGAAGCUUCUAAGCUGAAGAAGAAGGGGAAUCUCAAGCAGUUUCUCUUCAACGCUGAACUCCUCGACGAGGUCAAGUCCAUUACUGAAGACCUUCAGAUCAAACGCAAGAUACAGAUUCGGCGAACAAAACGGCCAAGCGUACAAUUAAACUCAUUGAAAGGCGUCAGAAACUCAUCAAACUCGCCGACAAGAGUGAAGCCGGCUGGUUAG